AUGUCCAACUACAACAAGCCGAUCCGCCGCAUUAACCGCUUCCUGAUGCAGACCAAAUCGGACAAGGAUGUUCCGGAAACGGCCGAGGUGGAACUGCCGCCAGGACUACUAGCCCCCGUGCCGUCCCCAGCGACCGCCACCGAUGCCACUGCGACACAAUCAUCGUCUGACCGCUAUACUGCCACGGGAUCCAAUGCACCCCAGAAGAACAUCGUCAGCCAGGCUGACGACUACUCGGCGAACCGUUCGAUGCGUGCCAAGCGGGCUUGUCUCGCUAAGGAACCGUUUGCCUGCGUGGCGAAGAGCAUAAUCGAUGGCCUUCCCGCUGGUGCGGCGAGCAAGAAGAGCAGCAUCUCAGACGAAGGGUGCGAGCAUUGCCCCAUGGAGGAGUGCCAACUGAUCGCCGGAUCAUUGAUCGAUGAUGGCCAGCUCGUGCUAAUCACCAAGCCGAACAUGCGCGCCGUGGCCAAAUGUACCCCGAAGGAUGAUACUUGCGGCAAUACCGACUCUGCCACUUGCCUGAAGCCCGUCUCGUUCGUUACAGCUGGCCAUGAGCAUUCGGAGCUGUUCCCGUUCAACCUGUGCACGCGAAAGAUGCUCGUCGACGGCACUUGUCCAAAAGAUCUACUAAGCCGAUCACCGUACGUCGCCGAUAAAAUCGUCAUUACACUCGACUACCACGUCCAAUGCGAGCCCGGCUUCAUGGUCCCAACGAUCGCCAGCGACAUCGGCUGUGUCCCAAGUUUGCACCAGGCCGCCGGUCUAUCUCCGGAUGACCCAGAAGUGUUCCCUGAUGAUGUCAAGGAUUUGGAAAAGAUCCAGUUUUGUGCGAAGUUAACGCAGCUUCCCAACCCGCUCAACUGCGUGCCGCGUCCGCUGAAGGGUUUCACUCUGGCCGCCGGGCUGCCCAAGAGCGUCGCCCCUGCUGCCGAGACCCCGUGCCUCUACCCCGGCCGAGGAGCCAAGAAGGCGGAGGAUUGUGUCCUCAUGGACCUACUUAUCCCACCUACUGACACUCAAAAGGAACCAUUAAUAAUACCUGGUGAUCGAAACGGGAUCGGCCCGUACGCCACGCUGCAGUCGACCACCGACAACUUGGCGCGGAAAUGGACGCCGUGGGAGGAGCCGCAUCGAAUGUUCCCUCGUUGCAUCGACAUCAGCGACGUUGUGGGGCUGACGCAGCCGCACGUCGAUGAAGUCCAGAACGACUUCUUCUUGAACUGCGAAACAAAUCCCUACUACCAGAGGGCCGUGACGACGCGUAACGCGGCGCAGAUGGCCGCCCUCAAGAUUGAACCCACCAAGUGUGACACGAUGCGAAGUAGCCGUAGGCUUUUCUGUCGCUGGCUCGAUUUCGCCAGCACGACUGCGGUUCCGGCUGAGGAGAGUCCGGACCUCGCCCGCCAAAUCUUUGCCUACCCACUCUGGAUCAUCUACGAUGCUGUACUCCUUGCCGCCGUGGUGUUCGUCUUCAUCUUCUACAGCGUGCACGGUUGCCGCCAAUGGCGCAAAAUUGUUGUCGAAAAUCGCAAUUGGCGACGACUCGGGCCCUACGGCGUCAUCCGCCAGUAUAACAACAAAUGCGACUUCGAUCCACAACUGGAAGCCACCGAAUUCGCCAAGCAUCCCGAGAAGAACCGUAACCUGGUGCGUCGACAC